GAAUGCAGCAAAAAGAAGAAGAAAGAAGAGGGCGAGAACGCUGAGCUUCUGGAAACGACGUCGGGGGUGGGGGACGAGAAAAGUGAAUUCCACCGUCUCGCCGACGCUCGCAUCUUCCUGAGCGAUUGUCUGGCUUGCGGCAACUGCGUGACGUCCGAGGAAGGCGCCCGCAUUUCUGCGCAAAACCAGAAGGAGCUCUUCAACGUCCUCAAUCUCAACAAGAAAUGCGACUCUUCGCUCCACAGGUUGGUAGUGGCCUCCGUGAGUCCGCAGUCCGUGCCUUACUUCGCUGUGAAGUUCCGUCUGUCCGUCUGCGAGGCGGCUAGGAAGCUCUCCGGGUUUCUGAAAAGUUUAGGCGUCCAUCAUGUUUUCGACACGACGAUCGCGGCAGACUUCAGCAUCCUGGAGACGCAGAAAGAUUUCGUCCAGCGGUUCCGGCGGCAGACGCAAGACGAGCGCGCCUUCCCCAUGUUUGCCUCCGCCUGUCCCGGGUGGGUCCAGUACGCGGAGCGGGUCCUGGGUGACUCGGUGACGCCUCACAUCUGCACGGCAAAGUCUCCUCAGCAGAUCAUGGGAUCGCUGGUGAAGGGAUACUUCGCCUCUCACAAGAACCUGGCCCCUGACAAGAUCUUCCACCUUGCUGUGGCCCCGUGCUACGACAGGAAGAUGGAAGCCCUCCGGGAGGACUAUUACACCGAGCUGUACAACUGCCGUGACGUGGACUGCGUGGUGACGUCAGGGGAGGUGAUGCAGAUCAUGGAGCAGAGGAACAUUUCCAUCAAAGAGAUUGAAGAGUCUCCUCUGGAGAACAUCUUCGGAGGGACGUGCUGUGCGUUUGUGCGCCACGAAGGCACCGGCUCCGACGGGUACCUCGCACACCUCUUCCGCCACGCCGCCAAGGAAUUGUUUGGUACAGACAUCCAGGAGAUUACGUAUAAAACGCUAAAGAACAAAGACUUCCAGGAAGUGUGCCUCGAAAAAGACGGCGAGACUGUGCUGCGUUUUGCUGCUGCCUACGGCUUCCGAAACAUCCAGAACAUGGUGCUGAAACUGCGCAAAGGGAAGUUCCACUAUCACUUCGUGGAGGUCCUGGCCUGCCCCGGAGGCUGCCUGAACGGAAAAGGCCAAGCGCACACGGUGGACGGGAAACCGGAGCGGGCGGUGUUCCAGGAGAUGGAAGCCUUGUACACCCGAGUCCCGGUGCAGAGCCCGCAGGAGAACCCGCACAUACAGGAGCUUUACACUACCUGGCUGGAGGGCGCAGAGUCGCAGAAAUCCAGGGAAAUGCUACACACCAAAUUCGUACCCACAGCCCAGAACACCGCACGGGUGGACAUGAAAUGGUGAGGCCUGCGGACUCGUGCUGCUUCUAUGCAAUGGGCUGGGUGGAUGCUGCCGGCAACCAGCACGUCCUCUGCCCCCCCUCCCCCGAACAGGAGACAAAAUGGCUGAUGCUGCGCCUUGGGGAGGAGGUGCCCCCUGGAUGAAAUCGGAUGAACCCGUUGGCUCAGACUUGUUAUAGGUUUAAAUUGCUGACUGAUCUUCCUUCCUCUUCUUCCCCCCCUUUUUUUUUUUUUGGUGUGCCAUUCUUGGACCAGUUCUAAGCAUUUUAGCCUUGUCUGACUUGCAGCGAAACUCCCAACCCUUUGCUGCUCGGUCAGCCUUGUGGCGCCAAAAGGUUUCCUUUGCAGUGCAUGUUUAUCGUCUCAUUUAUACAUAAGGCAUUUAUUUUUCCCUCAGCCGUUGCUUCCAACCCUCGAACCCAACCUUCCUGCCAUCUUGGGGGAAGCUUCAGACCUUGGUGGACAAAGGGUCUUCACCAUUUCCGACACUGCCUAGCGGGUUUCAAGAGGCCCCCCCCCUUUUUUUUUUUUUAUUAUAUCUCAAA